CAUUCCUGUAUUUAGUUGGUUAAUGGUUAAUGUACUUUAUUUAUCCAUUUAGCUCGCUCGCAAGCUAAAAAAUUGUGUAUAAUGAGUGGUGGAAAGGUGAAACAAAGGACAAAAGGCAAUACAAAACCUUCAAGUAGCGGUCGUGCUGCGGAACUCUUGUCUCAAGGUGGCCUUAUGGGGUUUGUUGGGUUUGGCAAUGUCAGCGAAUCUUCCCAGGCUGGCUCCGAGAUUCCAGAUUCUUCUGUUCAUUCAGACUUCUUUGUUGUUAUGAAGAAACUGAGCAAACGAGAUUCCAUUACUAAGUUUAAGGCUGUUCAAGAAUUGGGUGAACUAUGCAAGACCAGCGAAACAAAAGACGUCCUUGGCAUGUUGAAAUAUUGGCCAAGAUUGUACAAUAAACUAUCCUUGGAUAUCGACUAUCGCGUGAGGGAAUCAACACAGAAUACUAUGAACCAGAUAAUGUCGAGAGUUGGUCGAAAUUUUGCACCGCAUCUUAAGAGCGUGAUGGGAACAUGGUUGUGUUGCCAAUGUGACGCCUAUCCCCUUGUGGCAACUGCUGCCCAAAAAGCGUUCAGCUCGGCGUUCAAUGAAAAGAAAAAAGCUGAAGUGUUGGGGUUUUGCAAGAAAGAAAUCCACGAGUAUCUCAUGGACAACAUUCUUAACCAGACCGCUGAAACUCUUAGUGAUCCAGAUAUUGUAGACGAGAAAGAUCGAUCUGACAAGUACAUUCGUGUGAUAGCAUCGUCGCUGCUAGCUUUGAGGACGUUUCUCAACGACGUAAAUAAAGAUACCCGUGCUCUUGUUGCUAGUUAUCAUAAGAGUCUCACUUCGGAGAAGAAAUUUCUGAAGUUGGGGCGCCAUAAAUCAUCACAGAUAAGAGCAUCGUUUUUUUCGCUGAUUUCCACGUAUUGCGAGAAGUUGCCGACUAUCAUCGAGUCAUGUUCUAAUUUAAUCACCCCAACAGUCUUAGGAUCUUUAGAUGAAUCGGAUGGUGCAGUAGUCACUUCACUCUGGGGUGCUGUUCUUCAUCUUGUUGCUUCUCAAAAGGAUUGUUGGAGUCACGUGAACAUGCAAAAAGCCGUAUUGCCGAAAUUGUGGCUCUUUUUAUGCAAUGCUGCCUAUGGAAAUGCCCAUGCAGUUAUGGUCAGCGUUCUUCCGCUUAUCAAUAGCUUGCCAGAAAAGGUUAUUUUGUCGGGCACUGGUUUUGCGGAGAAGUUAUUGGAUAAGAUCAUGGAUGGUGUAAAUCUACCAAGAACACAACAAAGUCCUUCGGAGUGUAAGGCAAUAAUGUCAGCGUUCAUGGAUUGUGUGAACUACUUCAUGUUAACUGUGUCGAAAAAAUAUCGACAGGAAACAAACGAAAACUAUCUUGAAAAACUUUCCGAUGUUGUUAUGAAAAAGUUGAUUUCUGUGAUCGAAAUCUCCCUUGCUUCGAAAAGUGCAACGCGUUCAGCAAAUUCUUUGAUCUACGAACGCCUGUCGGGAUUUUUGCACAACACAUCCGACGAUGUUGCUAUUCAAACUAAAUUUUGGAGGGUCUUUGUUGAGAUGACUGAAAAAGUCUUCGAAUCGUCUGAUGACGAGGAAAUGAAGACUCUUUCCAAACUUCUGAUUUGUCUCAAGUCAAUAGAAGCCCCAAAACUAAUUCAACUUUCUAAAGUUCGUUUCAACGAAGAGGUUGACACCGAUCCUGUGAUUGUAAAAUCAAAAUCUCACAAGGAAAUCUCUCUGGCAAAUGUCACCAUUAUUUUUGGUGGAAAACUGCUGGCCAUUGUGAAAAAAACCGUGAGCUCUUGCUUGCAGCGCUUAUGGUCAAAAAACUCCGAAACUGAUCUCGUCCUUGUUACUGAACUGAUCAAAGAGUUUCUAUGCGUAACUUUAUUGAAUGAUGUCGUGGAAAUAUCGAGGUUGAAUUUUAAUGGCGAUGAAAUACCUGUGGAAAACGAUGUUUUAGAGAGUACUACGUUGUCGAACGCUUGUUUGGCAUGCGCCAAGGUGUUUUUGUUAGCGCUUUUCGACGGUUCUCGUUACCAGCUCGUUGAGAAAUGGCUCGGUUCUGCUGUCGAGUUGCUUCUGAAAUUGCUCGUAUAUAUGGAGGAAAUCGAACAGAGGUUUCUUCUUAGGAGCUUGUUUGAAAUAAAUUCUACGACAGACUUACUGUUUCAUCUUGUCAGUAAGAUUUUCGACGCCGAAUAUUAUCUUUAUCUAUCAUACGUUCAUGGUGUCCACAUUGGAACAGAAAUUUCCAACUCGUUAAAAAAUGUCAUUGCAAAAUCUAAUUGUGAAAUGGUGAACGACACGGACAUGAACUUUUUAUGGAAUACUCUAGAUCUCUGUUUCUCUCAUUCAAACUUGCUACAUUUUCUCCUUAACGAUGAAACGCUCGAAGACAUUUUCGAUAACUUCCAUCACAUCCUCAUGCGAGAGAAUGGAGGUAGUGGGUCUAUACUUCAUUCCACUAUAAAGUUGGUCGAGAAAUAUUUAAAAAACAACACUUGGUUACCAGAGAUUCAAAAACUGACCCAAGUGAUUGGUGACGUUAUCCAUUUAAAGUUUGAAGAUGAAACUUAUCCUGCCAUUAUCGCCUGCUGGGAUUCUUUGAUCGAUGCUUCAAGUACGGACGAGCAAUUGUCCAACAUCAUUUUGUGGAAAACCGCUGAACACAUUCGCAUUUUCCUCUCUUCUGACGUCACGAUGACUUUUGAAACGCUAUCUACCUUAACUGCUUCGGCGGCUGAAAUAGUUGGCUCCAUCACAGAAAGAAGUUUCGAACAUUUAGAGAAAUUUUUAAAAAAAAUAUCACCGUCAGAUAAAGACUGGGAACGGCUACGCGAUGAAACACGCUCAAAGUCGACGUGGGCCAUGCUGCCAUUCACUGACGGUCAGUUGAGUUUCAUGAAGUUUCCGAGCGCGACAAGCUGUUCAGAAAACUUCACUAAACACCAUAGGCUGUGCUUGUUCCUCUCUCAUGUACUCGAACAGCAAUAUUUUAAUACAUUCUUGCCCGAGGAUGUGGUAAUGCAAGAUGAGCUUUUGUGGAAGAUUGUCCUUGAGUUAUUAUGGAUGAAUGAGUGUUUGAAACACGACGGAAGAUCGAAAUAUCAACUUCAAUCCAUUAUCGAAUCGAACCUCGAACCAUUCCUCUCGAAACGGAAUCUGAAAACGUCGACUUGUUUGAUCAAUCGAUUGUUGAAACUAUCGAUUAGCAGUGGUGGUUUAUGGUCUUUGACUCUGAAAGCGCCUGUCGAUGUUUACGAUGAAGAUAUUUCUAUUACGCAUCCCAUUUUGAUAGAAAUAAUGGAAGGCGAGGAAGAGUCUUACGAUGAAGGAAGGCUUCAAACUCUACAAUGUUUACUCCAAGCCGAAACUUGCAUUUACAACCUCAAAUUUGUCGUAGAACAUUAUAUUAAAAUUCUUAGUCGAACUGAUGGCAGUAAUUUACAAGGUCAAAUGUUUUGCUAUUGUGUGCUUUCGUGUGCUUUCAAAAAAUGGAUCAUCUUGUCUGAAGAUUCUGAAAUAGCAUCGUUGGAAUGUCGCGUCACAUUAUUUGAAGUGCUAGUGGAUUUCAAGGCUCGGCAAAAUGAUCUAUCGCAUUUACUAUUCUUCAACUGCCCAUUAAAUGACGUGGGCGCAGCACAACUGUCCCUCAAUUUGGCCUUGAUUCAAAUCAUGGUGUCAACGGUUGCAAAUUUUCCUGAGCAUAUUGACAAUGAACUUUGGGAUACAAUACUCUGCUCAAUGCUGGAUUGGCUUCAGGGUUGCCAAGAAAGUAAUUUAAAGGCCGUUCACGUUUGUGCUAUGACGAACCACGUUUGCAAGCUUCUUGAAGUUGUUGCCAAGUAUAUGACGCAGCUUCUAGAUAAUAAUGAUGAACAGAACACGCGCACUUCUGCGGAUGAAAUGUUGAAAAAACUUUCGGAGGAGUGGCAAGAGUUCUUCAGCAUUUCUGCCCAUGGUAAUCUACUUCGAAUAACGUUGCGUUUUGCAGAAUCCUUCAAAGCAGUGGAUCAUAGACUCCAUAGUUACUUAUACUGCCUCAGUGAAAGCUUGUCCAUUGCUUGCGCUUAUUUAAAUGAAGAUAAUCUGAAGGAAUUUGUUAAGUCCGACUUGUCAGAAAACACUGCCGAACAGUCGUCAUGGGAAUACAAAUUCCUGGAAAUUUUCAUCAAGCACAUCAAUUCGAGUUUUGGCACUGUCCAGUUGGCAAUUUAUCGUCUUUUUUUAAAGGUUAUGCCUUCACUCGUUAUUCCCAAGGAAAUUCAAGAAACGCUCGUUGUUCCUAGUGACGAACGUGAUGAUCCUUGCAGGUCACCUCCUUCACAAAUCAUGGAGAUAAUAAGAAAUGGUCGAGCUAGACUUUUCCAAAUCUUUUCGGAAGUCGAAGUACCGUUCGGCGAAACACUUCAUAUGGAGAACGACGACGAAGCUUUACACGUCGCUCGUUCCUUUUUCUUUUCUUGGAAGCUUCUGCUGUUGCAUUUCAGCCAUGCGAGCCAACAGCUGCGCGCGGAAUAUGCUAAUUACUUACAACAGAGGAAUUUCCUGAGUGAGCUUCUGGAGGCGUUGUUUCGCGUUUUACCAAAGAAGCCACGCGAUGGCGGGCUUUCUGCGACCGAGUCGACCUUCACAAGGAAAGAAAUCGCAACGGAAAGUUUCGUUCACUGUUUGGCACUCGAAACGUAUUAUAAUCUUCUACGAACCUUACCUGCAUUGGUUAGACAUUGGUGGAACGGUUUGGAGAAAAAAUAUGCUUUGAUCGUUGAGAGGUAUACAACAUCGCACAUCGCUCAUCGGCUUGUCGAAGCCGAGCUGCACGAUCUUCAAAAAGCCGUGACGUCAUCCUACGACAAUAUGGAGAUCGUUACUCGUUCCAGUACUCGUGAGGUCAUUGCCUUUUACAGGAUCGAGGACAUCUCCAUUGAAUUGAUCGUAUGUCUUCCAUCCAGUUAUCCACUGGGCUUAAUCAACGUCAAUUGUGGGAAAAGAGUUGGUGUGAAGUUAAAUCAAUGGCGUCUUUGGAUGAUGCAACUCACAACGUUCCUCAUGCAUCAGAACGGCACAAUACUGGAUGGUCUGUUGCUAUGGAAACGAAACGUUGAUAAGAAAUUCGAAGGAGUCGAUGACUGCAUGAUUUGUUUUUCGGUGAUUCAUGGUUCGAACUACUCCUUGCCAAGACUCACAUGUAAAACGUGCAAGAAAAGGUUUCACGCCGCCUGUCUGUAUCGUUGGUUCAGCACCAGUAACAAUUCGACGUGUCCGCUUUGUAGAAAUCUUUUCUGACAAUGUCUCUCGAAUGGCUUCUUGCGCUUUGAUCAUUUGCACUCGUGUUCGGAUCAUGAAAGUGUUGCAUCCACUUCACUCUUUGCGGGGCCGAUUUGUUCCUCGUUCCCAGUGUCUUUUCCUAGCGUUGUUUGGCCCCGGGUCAUUUUUCGCUUUUUAAAGACCCCCGGUCUUUAAAAUGCCUCUGGGAAAAACAAUACUCAACUAAUACUCAACUAAUACUCAACUAAUCCAGUCUGGUUUACUUUUUAUGAAUAUUUUACGCUUAUAGUUUCAUCUGUCUAACUCCUGGUGAGAUUUUUGAACAUCACAUAGAAAAUUUCCCUUAUAUGAAAACACAGAUAAGAUGCAGAUGAGCCACGCUUCUUCGUCGAAUCGCUUAGGAGAAAAGUGCUCAACUGUGUGAAAAAUAUUUACAUUAAACAUGCAUACAUUCCUUAUGCAAUCAAUUGCUUUUGUGCGUUUUUUCCAUAUAAGUUAACCAAUGAAGAGAACGUCUUAUGCUAAAAGUGAACGAACACUUUUCAUUCAGUUCUAACUUAUCUGUAUGGGAGGGGGGCGGGGGCGGAAGAAUGACGAUUGAGGAGGCUGUAUGUCAUUCUUUCGCCCACCUUGAUCUAUUGAGGAGAAUAAACCUUUUCAUGAACGAAACCAUGUACAACGUGAUCUUAUACCACAAUUGCCCAACAAUAAUGGGGUGGGAGUGUAUGGACAAAUGUCCCCCAUUUUAGACCAUGUUUUCUCUGUACUUAUUUAACCUGUCAAAUUUCAAGAAAUUGCACAGAAUUGAAUAAAUUUGUUGUUUUGAAGUAUAUAUGAAAGUAUGAAAACUUUAACUAUCGUGCUAAUGACUGAUGACAAUAGUUUGCAUCAACAGUUCAAACUUCAAAGGAACAUUCAAACUAUAUCGAUCAAAUUACAAAAAAAAUCAGA